AUCCCGGCACAUUCCCUGAUGUCUCAGCUGCGGUUCCCUGGCAACAGCUACACAAAUCCAGGAAAACUUCCGGAAAAGACCCUCGCUCGUCUUUCUGCUCGCCCGAACGUGGAAUAACUGCAGGACUUACUUUUCAGGAUUCUUGGACAAUAUAUUUGAAAUAAAACAAACAUGACGACUUCUUCCCUUCCUGUCUUAGAGAGCAGCGACCCUCGUCUAAAACUGACGGUGGAAAACAGAAUAAGAAACAUUUUUGUAACACAAUCGCAGGACACCAGUAAAAGAAAGGAAGAAAAUGUCAACCACAUACCUGUUGUGACGGAGACUCCAAGCAGAGUCCUUGAGGCAGGAGUGAACACUUUGCAAAAGACCCUGGUUCUGAAGAAACAGGCUGAGUUGGACGAGGUGGACCAGCAACUCACACUCAAACGACGAGAGUUCAAGAACUGUGUGGAGACUCUAGCUCGGAGAAGGUCUGAACUGGAAAUAAGACAACAUCAGACUGAAGAGAGGGCGAUUAAGUUUGAGAAGUUUGUGGCUGAAAAUGAAGCAAAGCGACACCGAGCGCUGACGACAUAUGAGGCUGCACGGGAGCUGAACAUUUCGAAACAGAGAGGGAUAGAAGAUCUGACAGAACAGUUGAAACAACUUAGAGCUAGACAUGAAGUUUUAAAGGAGAGAAUGGCAAAAUACAAAAUCUAUGAGGACUACUUGAUGAAAACGCUAGAUUAUCUCCCCAACAUUUACCUUGAUAAUGGGUCUGAAUCUUUGGUGAUGCCCAUCAUUCGGCGCCACGAGACCCUGUCCAUCACCCACCGGGAGCUGCUGCAGCGUCUGGGGCGUCUGGAGGAGGAGGUGGAGCAGGGCCAGCGACACCUGCCGAUCAUGAAGCAGGACCACAGUAUUAAAAAAUUGAUGGCCAAUAAGGAACUUUCGGAACUCCAGAGUGAGUUAGAAACCCUCAAAGAGAAGAACAAGAAGGCAGAGGUUAACCUGCUGAUGGAGCAAGGCCUGUGCAGAGAGAAGGUUAAGGAAGUGGGUUGCUUGCUUAUGGCCAUCAACAACCUUGCAGAGCAGUGUUAUCUAGCAGCAUAUGGACCUCUGGAAAACAUGAACAUGCUGACAAUGAUGGACAUGGUGAAGGAGUACAUCCUCGACAAGGCAGACACAGAGAGGAGAGUGAGGAGACUGAUGGAGUCGGGGUCUGCCAUGACAAGUAAAACAGCUCUGACAGAAAAGAGAGAGAAGGGGUCAAUGAAAAGCAUCGGCAGUAAAACACAAAUCAAAAGUUCAAGUAAAGUCAGUAGAAAGAGUGAGACAAUGAGUUGAUGCUUAACUUUUACAUUAACAUGGUGUCACUGCUUACAAUACUCUAAGUUUGUUGAGUGUGAAAGUUCAGUUUUUACCUUGGAAACAGUAGUUUGACAAAACAAAAUGAAAACAAUUUGACGAGCAUAAAAACCAAGAAAACUACAUCCCAUGAUGAAGAAUGUGAGAAAAGGUUUAAAGAUCUAUAAGUGGGUUAACUCUUCAAUUCUUCUGUAACAGAUGUUCAGUGUUCAAAACUGUUAAUGCACUCAAUUUUGCACUUCAAAUGUUAUAUUGUACAUUUCUUUUUUAAAUAAGGUGAUCACGUGUAUUCGAGCUUCAGAACUUUGUAAAUGUUUGUCUCUGGAAUGUAAUGAUCAAAUAAUGUCAGACAGUGAUACCCAUCAAAAUGGCAUAUGCAGUUGUAUGUAUGCAAUUUCUAACAUAUUUAGAUUAUACAAACAGCAAUGAGAAAAUAAGUAUUUUAAUGAUGCAGAAUAAGAUUUAUUUGUGAUAUUCUGCAUGCACAAGGUAAAUUUCCCAGUUGUGGGGCGAAUAAAGGAUUUCUUAUUCUGAUUCUGAUCUAUCAAUAAAUACAGUAAAUAUAAUGCA